AUGAGGUUAUCCCCCUUGUUCCUGUUUCUGGGCUCGACCCUCCUCUGUGGGGUUCAAGCGGCAGAGACAGAGAAGGAUGAACGGGAGAACACCUACUUCAACUCCAUCAAAGUGCCACCAAUACUCGAGCUGACGCCGGAUAACUUCGACGAGGAGGUCAAAGCCUCACGUUUUGUGCUUGUCAAGCACUACAGCCCUUACUGCCCGCAUUGCAUAGACUAUGCGCCGAUAUAUCAGACCUUGUACGAGUGGUACUACACCUCGAAGCCCCACUCGAAGGAGGACAAGACCUUUACCGAGUUCUACGAUUUCCGCUUCGCCACGAUUAACUGCGUAGCCUACUUCGAUCUUUGCGCUUCCCACAACGUCGCGUCAUACCCCAGCACCAUCCUCUACAAGAAUGCGGAGCUGGUCGAGUUGAUUAAGGGUGUUAAGGACAUUGACCAGAUCAGCCCCGUUCUCGAGAAGUAUCUGGAGGCGGCCAAGCCUGGGUCCAGGCCCCGCACCCUCGAGUAUCCCGAGCCUGGUGACAAGAACUCCCCCGAAAAGGCUCCCGGAAAGAAAGACGACUCGCAGAAGCCUGUGGACGUCAAGGCUGACGCCGAGACGGACGCGAAGGCUGAAGACAAGACGCCGCCUAAGGAAGCGACCAAAGCCCCUCCAAAGGCUCCCCCUGCGAAAGAGGACGAUAAGCCUGCGGGCGAAACCGAUGCAAAGGGUGACGCAAAGGGCGACGCAAAGACUGAUGCCACGAAUGACGCCGAGGCCGACGUCAAGGGAGACGCAAAGCCUAGCACCACCGAAAAGGCCGUUGCCGCUCCCACCAAGGCCGUCGCGAAGAAGCCCACAGUCACACCUAACAAGGAAGGCAAUUCUGUGCCUUUGAGUGCUGAGAGGUUCCAGACCUUGGUCACCAUGACCCAGGAACCCUGGUUUGUCAAGUUCUACGCGCCCUGGUGCCAUCACUGUCAGGCCAUGGCACCUAACUGGCAGCAACUGGCCAAGGAGAUGAAGGGUCGUCUGAACAUCGGAGAGGUCAACUGUGAUGUGGAGACUAGACUCUGCAAGGACGUUCAUCUUCGCGGCUACCCCACCAUCCUCUUCUUCAAGGGUGGCGAGCGUGUCGAGUACGAUGGCUUGAGAGGUCUCGGCGAUUUCGUUCACUACGCGGAAAAAGCCAUCGACAUCAGCGAGGGGGUACAGGAUGUGGAUGCCGAGUCCCUGGCAGUUCUCGAGGAGAAGGAAGAGGUCAUCUUCAUCUACUUCUACGACCAUGCUACCACCACCGAGGACUUCAUGGCCCUCGAGCGCAUCCCUCUCAGCCUUAUUGGCAAGGCAAAGCUUGUGAAGACCAAGGACCCCGUUCUCUUCGCUCGUUACAAGAUCACGACCUGGCCUCGCUUGCUCGUUUCCAGAGAGGGCCGCCCCACAUACUACCAGCCGCUGACACCGAAGGAGAUGCGCGAUAUUCACCAAGUCUUGAACUGGAUGAAGUCGGUCUGGCUCCCGAUUGUUCCCGAGAUGACUGCUUCCAAUGCCCGCGAGAUCAUGGACGGCAAGAUUGUCGUCCUCGGUAUCGUCAACAGGGAAGACCAGGAAGGCUUCCUCAGAGCCAAGCGCGAGUUGAAGAGUGCUGCCAACGAGUGGAUGGAUAAGCAGAUCCUUCUCUUCCAGCACGAAAGGCAAGAACUGCGAGAUGCGAAGCAACUCCGAAUUGAUGAAGCCGACGACCGCGGCGACCAGCGUGCGUUGCGCGCAGCCAAAGCCAUUCGCAUCAACAUGGACAAGUCGGACCGGAAGCAGGUUGGCUUUGCCUGGGUUGAUAGUGUUUUCUGGCAGAGAUGGAUUCGCACCACGUAUGGCAUUGAUGCCAAGGACGGAGACCGGGUCAUUAUCAACGACGAGGAUAACCGCCGCUACUGGGAUACCACUAUUACUGGUAACAACAUCCUUUUAUCUCGGACUUCGAUCUUGGAGACCAUUAACAAGGUCGUCUCUUCGCCGCCCAAAAUCAAACCCAAGCUCACCAUCUCGAGCUUUGAGAAGAUCUUCUUCGACAUUCGUGUCACUUUUGUUGAGCAUCCCUUCCUCACCAUGGGCUGCAUACUUGGCCUGGCAUUUGGAGCCUUCUCAUGGUUCCGCAGCCGCUCCCGUAAGGGCCGUGGCGGUCACUUCCGCCUGGAAGAAUCGUGGGGUAACAAGGAGCUGAUGAAGGAGGGUCUAUUGGGGCCCAAUGGCAACGGCAAGGUCGACUAG